AUGGCAGAGCCACCACACUUCGUGUCUCCUCCUCCCUCAAAACACCGACCAUCAAACUACAAGAAACACUCUCAACCUCCGAACAUCAACCGUCUCUACCCUUGCCACUACUGUCCACGAAAAUUCUACACCUCUCAAGCUCUCGGCGGUCACCAGAACGCACACAAACGCGAACGCGCCGCUGCUCGCCGCAACCUCGGCGUCGUUGCUUCUCAUCAUCAACAUCAUCAUUACCAGCCUGAUCAAGGAUCUGUUACAGCAACAGGAUCGACCUGGAGCGUACCAAAUCAACAGAUGACGACUAUGAUGGUGCAGGGUGGAGGAGGAUACGUGGAGCCGUAUCCGUAUCCGUUUGGUUACUCGUUUGGAGUUUCCGGAUACGUUGAAGAUGAGUCACCACAGCUGGAUCUUUCUCUCCAUCUCUGA